AUGUCCUCGACGAAACCGAACUUUCCAUCUCUCGCGUCCGAUAACCUCCUGAAGGCCAUGUCCGGAGACUUCAUGCCUUCGGCACCGACACCCCUCACGAGCUUCACCACAAAUUCAGGCCUUAAUACCGCCAGCGCCCCCGUUUCGUGGUACAACCCUACGGCCUGGAGCUUUAACGUGACACGCUAUGCGCCUAAAUUAGAGGACCUUGUGCGGGCUGGUCCACGACUUGUCAAGAAACUUGGGUCUAUUGUAUCCAUCUCCGAUUACCUCGAUACGACUUCUAAUAUUUCCGAUUACCUACCGGCGGCAGCUGGUGCGAGCGCCAUACUCGCUGAGGCCGAUCCAACAAUUCAGAACAUUAUGGAACCUGGGCUGGGUACAUUCGAGACACCCGGUGCUGAUACAGCCGCCACUAUGCCAAUGGGACGUGUGUCUGUCGACAGUGCCCGUAGCUUGGGCAGUAUCUUUGGCUACGCUACAAGCAAGUGGGCUUUGUGCUGCAUUGCCAUGGCCGUCAUUCUAAACCGAACACAUAUAUUCGCUGCCACUCGUCGACGACUACGCCUUCGAUGGCCUACAAGACUCUUGUUGCGCAUUGUUCCUAUUAUCUUACUCGUGUUUCAGGCCCGCCAAAUACUUCAGUCUAUCCAAUGUCAGACUUCUCCCGACUUUUCCGAAUUACGAUGGGGCAAUGCAAGCAAGAGUUCCGAUCUCAUGUUUUCGCACAGGAAUGCCUUUUUCAAUUCGUUGUCUUCAGUUCUGCUGUUCUCAGCUUCCGACGAGGAGUCUUGCAUAGCUGUCCAGAUGAUACCUUCUGAUGAAUCUGGCUCUGCUCGUAACUUGACUGGGUCGUUGUCUCUCCUCUGGCCCUUGUUCGGAUCGUUCUGCCUGAGCCAAUUCCUUGAGACCGUCUCGUGUGCUGUACAGGGCCGCCCAGUAGCCCCGGAAACUGGCAUGACACUGUUCGAGCAAUCACUUGCUUUCGCCGAGGCGGAUGCUGCUAUUAGCAAUCAGCUUGGUUGGAACUUAUUCACAAAGACUAGUUCCACUGAUGUUCCAUCAUCUGGACUUGGAAAUGCCAUAGCUUUGACCCGGUCGAUGGUUCUGAAGAGAGUCAACACGUCACCGGAGGUCCUGCUUGUCGCUUUUUUGUCUUCGAUGACACAUAUUACGAGCCACAUUCUGGGAGUCUUUGGCUUACAAGCUAAGUAUAGAUUGAUUAGCACUGGAUUCUGGGGCCUCUGCUUCAUGGGCAUCAUUGUAUGGGCGGGUAUCUCCUUCGACCUUGAUGACCCAUCUUCCCAGAGUCUGCUCCGAUUCCCAACUGUUUGCAUCAUUGGAUUCGUUCCCCAUGUUCUGGUCCUACUUGGAAUCGGUGUAUGCUUGCUCAUCUACGGACUGGCUCUGCUGCUCUCUGCUCUAUCCCCGCCCUCGGCAUCUCAUAUGGCUUCGAUGUCUUUUCGCCAGCGUCUUAUUCACGCCCAUGAAAACAUGCAAGCGAACGUUUCCCUCUCAUCCGUUCGGAUAACUCGGGAAAUGGAUUUCUACACGGCUUUACUUCGUACUGGAUUUAGUGCCAUAUCUAUGGCCAGUGAAGCUGUGUACCUGAACGAGGAUAAAGGCAUUAGUCUGAAACGACGCACAUGGUUGGAAGAGCAGCGCUUGAAGGAGGCUGAAGAGUUGCAAAGGAAGCUGAUUGUUGGUGGCCUGCCUGACUCGCGAUACGAUCAGGUCGGCGCCAUUGGUCUCAUUCCCAUAAAAGGAGGACCAACAAUUGCUUCCAAUGGGUACGCUCGCGAACGUGCUGCUCAGAAGAUUCCGAAAGGACGUGGUGAGCGCAAUGUCCGCGCAGGUAUCGGGGCGUCUGAAAGGAGUUCUCGCUGGCUCAUGGCCCUUGACUUCUUACUGAGCAUCAACAAACUUGUUGCAAGGAUCAGCGCCAAGUCCCUGCUAUGGUGUCUCUCGGUCAUUCGAAUUCGAUAUCAGCCUGCUUGGCUCCUUUCGCUUGCCCAGCACCCAAAACGCAUGGAGAGCAAAGACAAACGCAAAAGCAAAAGCUCCGUUCCGACCCAACCGCCACCGAGCGGGCCAUCUUUUUACGGCGAUGGAGCUAUACCGAAGGAGACUUCGUCUGAUAUAGAAGCUGAAUUCAGACGUACACGCAGCGUCGAAGACGAGGAUAGUUUUGAUGAAGCGCUGUACAAGUAUUGGGUCAAGAAUGGGUGGUGGGGAUCUGCUGAUACCAGCGGCGAUUUCGAACCCAACUCAGAUGAUGACUUUGACACCACAAGCGUAAUAUCUCUGUCGACCGCUGGUGGAGCAUUUGAUGACUACCAAGCUUGGGAAUCAGACGAGGAUAACGACGAUGGUCAGCGAACACCUACCCAGCGGUCCCCUCAAAUGACCCGCGAGAGCACACCUUUCCAGGACACUCCCAUGCAGAUAGCCGACCUAGCGCGCCUUCUUCACCCCACGAACCCCGAAGAGCGCGAAUGGAGCAACUGCAACGCACUCGGGUCCUCGCGGCACCAGGGUCUAGUCUGCUACAGCCAAGAAUUGACACCAUACAACCGGGCCGCAAUAACAAAUUGGAUCUGGAUGAAGAGGAGCGUCUUUUGGAACAACUGCUGCUCUCGCGAAGACAAGCUUCUACAGCAAGAUAUGCGGAGACGUCAUGGGAGGAUGGGGGGUCUGGGCUCGGUAGCGAAGGACCACAAUGCGUGGUCUGUCAAAGCUCACCCAGAACCAUCAUUGUCUGGCCUUGUCGCUGUUUGA